CACAGUGGAUAGCAGUGUUGGGAUCGUAAUAGUCAUCUAGAAUUUCAUUUCUGGCUGUCAUUGUGCAGCGUAAUAUUUAUUUCCAAGAAAUAAAUUUGAUUUUUGAAGACUACUUAAUUCAUUUAAACUGAAAAGUGAUUAUUAAGGUACUUAAUUCCAACAAGAUGGCAAAUAAAAAUAAAGUUGCUUCGACUGAUGCACCAAAAGAGAAAAUGGGGUUUUUAAAUAAAAACAAUGAGGUGACCUCUAUCUCAGUGAUUGUGCCCCCAGAUGGUGGAUGGGGCUGGAUUGUUAUGAUUAGCAGUAUGUUAUGCAAUAUGGUAGUAGACGGCAUUGUAUUUAGUUCAGGAAUUUUGCUCGAUAGCAUAGCAAAGGAAUUCGACUCUACCAAGGCUAAAGUGGCUUUCGUAAGUUCUCUUUUGAGUGGAUUUUACUUGCUAGGAGGACCUUUAGUAAGUGCGUUGGCCAAUAAAGUAGGUUUUCGAAUUACUACAAUUAUAGGAUCAAUCACUGCAUGCAUUGGAUUCGCAAUAUCUUAUUUUGCGUCAUCCAUUUACUUUUUAUAUUUCUCAUACGGAGUAACAGGAGGACUUGGAUUCUGUCUUAUUUAUAUACCUUCUGUGCUAAGUGUUGGUUAUUACUUUGAGAAAUGGAGAGCUCUUGCUACAGGCAUUUCAUUGUGUGGCUCCGGUGUUGGAACUUUUGUGUUUGCUCCAUUGACAGAAAUUUUACUUGAAGAAUAUGGAUGGCGUAUUACACUUGUUAUUCAAGCUGUAAUAAUACUUUUUUGUGCACUAUUGGGAAUAAUGUUCCGUCCACUUGAACCAACUAUAAUUACAAGCGAAACUAAGAAUGACUCUUCUUUGAAAAUUAUUGAUGUUAGAAGACCGCAUACAGAUAAAAGAACUGCUUAUUCAAUGCCAACAAGUGCUCACACAACUUGGAUUAAGCAUAAUCAAUCGGUUUACCCUAAAGCAACAGAUAUUUUCAGCGCAAAAGAUACUGCUGAGUUGUUCGAAAUGAAAGAGUUACAAAAAGUGGAAGAAGACGAUAUUAUCAAUGAUGAAGAUACUAAUAAUUCAUCUAGGACCGCCCGUAGACAUACGUUAUCUGAAAAAGAUGGAAAGCAUAUCUAUAUUAGGAAAAGAUCGUCGGGCCCACUUAAUCGAAAAGAUAUAUUCUUUUCUGGAUCACUAAACAGAAUUCCGCAGUACACGUCUCAAAGCUCGCUUGGAUAUCACCUUUCCGUUACAAAUUUACCUGAAAAGAAACAAGAAAAAGAGAAAGCAAAUAUUGUUAUGAAGACCUUAUCUAAACUUUUAGACUUUUCAAUUUUAAAAUCACCCUCGUUCCUCUUAUUAGCGUGGAGUGGAUUUUUUACAAUGUCAGGUUUUUUUGUACCAUUCAUCUACAUCAAUGCAAGAGCCAAGACCGAUAGUUCCAUGCAAGGUUGGGAUAUUUACCUGAUCCCUGCCAUUGGAAUUUCUAAUACCGUAGCAAGAGUAUUAUGUGGCUUACUCAGUUCAUCAAACAAGAUAAAUGCAUUACUCUUGAACAAUAUCUUCAUAUCAUUGGGAGGUAUUGCUACAAUAUGCAGUGGAUUUUACUUAACACCUGUAUGGCAAAUAGGAUAUGCUAUUGUCUUUGGUUUUGCUAUAGCAUGCUUUUCAGCACUUCGUUCUAUUAUUGUUGUGGAUUUGUUGGGCUUGGAAAAAUUGACUAAUGCAUUUGGUAUGUUGAUGAUGUUCCAAGGAAUUGCUGCAAUACUUGGUUCUCCUCUCGCAGGUCUUUUCUUAGACUUAACGGGAAGUCAUGAUGCUGCAUUUUAUUUUGCUGGCGGUUUAAUUUUCUUUUCGGCUUGUUUGUGUUACCCAUUAAAUUAUAUGAAAAAAAUGGAGCAAAAACAACAGAACAAUGACUCUUAAAAUAAUAACAUGGUUUUAAUUUUUGUAUAUUAUUUUAUUACAAUACAUUUCUAUUAAAACUAAACUUUAUUUUUUUAAUGAACUGAGAAUUGCAUUAGCACGACAUUCCCGAUGAUUUAAUUAGCAUGAGGUAGGGGAUAACAAUUAUUAUAAUUUACCUAUACUUCAUUAUAUUAAAUGACGUGACAACAAUAUUGAUUUCGUAACUAUCUUGUAUCUGGCAUUGUACUAAACCUAUCUAACGCUAUUUCGGACGAGUAAGUUUUUAAAACGAAAAGGAAAAAUGAAGUGGAAUAUUUUUUUCAAAAACUUAAAAAAAAUCGUGUACUUUUCUUUAUUUUUUUAUGCGAGUUACAUCAUAACUGCUACAAUCAUUGAUGCAUAUGAGAACAACUCUAUCAGCUUAGUUAUAGAAAAUUUAAAGCCUAAUGAGUUACAAGAAUUUCCUUCAAUUGCGGCUUGUGAAAUUGGUUAUACAAAAGAAACAUACUCUGGCAUGGAGGACUUAAUGGAGCAGUAAGUGUAAUAAAGUAUUAUGGAUAAGUUUUUUUUCCAUUAGUUCGUUGAAAAAACAGAUGGAAAAAGUCAGAAUCGAUGGAAUACAACUAUGAUGUUGAGGAUUUUAUGUUGCGUGUAGUUUUUCACAAUUUGUAUAAUCAUGGACCAAUCGCUCCAUUUUGCUUAGCUUACAUGGAUUGCAGUCGGGAAUCAACAUGUAUCGGAUGUCCUGAUACUGGAUAUAUUAAAUAUGCAGCAAAAAUUCGAGCAACAUGUGAGGAAAUGUUUGGUGAAUGUAUUUGGAAUAACGAACGAUUUAAUUGCUGUAAAUAUUUUUUGCCCUUGCCUACUACCGUUGGAACAUGCUACAUGAUCAAUUCUAUUCAAACAUCGCAACGAAGUAUGUUUCCUAUGAAAGUUGGAAUAAAGACGGUCUCACCAACUUUGCAUGUCACGUUUAAAAAAGCAACUUCUGUUUAUGUUCUUAAUGAAGAAGAAAUACCCCAUAUUCUCUUAACUUCAAUGCAAUUUCUGCUAGUACCCGAAGGCUAUUCUGCAAAAGUACUAUUAGCGGAACGACAUAAUGUAAAUGACGCAGAAACAAUAAAUGUUGACCCGCAAAAAAGAAGCUGCCGACUGCCAAAGGAAAAAUAUGAUUCACAUUAUAGCUCAUAUAGCUAUAGUGUAUGCGCUACAAAUUGUUUGAAAAAAAUUCAGUUACAACAUUGUAAUUGUUUUCAUCACAAUUUUAUAGUAAAAGGUAUUUUUGUAUCACAAAAUAAUUUAGAUUGAUUGGCACAUAUUUUUUUAUCACUACAUAUAUUUACAAACAUCUAGAUACUGACUUGAAGCAAACUUGUAAUUUUUCUGGAAUUGCUUGCCUUGAUAGGGCAAAAAUUAUGUCACCGCAAACUACUACUCUUCAAGAAUGGUCAAAGAAUGGAAUUGAUUGUAAAUGUUUUCAGUCGUGCGGAGAAAGCGAAUUUAGAAUUAUAUCACAGUCUGCAUCAAGUCACGAUUCUGACUACAGAAUAUUAAACUUAUCAGUUGACGCUUGGCCUUCAUUUCGAUAUCGGAGACAAAUUGUUCGCAAGCCUAUUGACCUUGUUGUUUCAAUAGGAGGAAUUGUGAGCUUAUUAAUUGGAGCUAGUUUUCUGAAUUUGAUAGAAGCUGUGCUCCUUCGGUUGAAGAGAAAUAAACAAAAAUUAAGCAAGCCAUUUAAAAAAUUCUAAUCGAAU